AAUCCGCCUCAGGCAAUCGAAAUCACUCGGUUGGCUGACUCCGGUGUGAAUCGUUUAUCGUCCCCGUGGUGACCUGCGCGACUUCGUAUAGAGAAAAAUGCAAAUCCCGAGAUUAACAACUUGCAUCGCGCUAGUUCUUUGUUUUCGGGACAUUUCGACCGAAGAUACGAAAACGUUUCCUGGAGCUGAGAUCAUAAUUCCGGCUGUUAUAGGUCAAGUGGCUCCUGCUAUCAUUGGUGCCAUCAUCAGCGGAAUUGGUGGAAUUGGGGGUGGUGCCGGUGGAGGAGUACUGCCACCUGUUCCUCCUGUUCCGCCUGUUUCAGUUUCCCACACGACAGCGGUAGCUACGUCUAUUGCCAAUAAACCGAUUGCAGUGAGCCACAGCGGAUCCAUCUCUACCACCUCGACAACGAACGCGGGCUCACAGGCAACGGUCGGUUCUGGUUCGCUCGUUUCCAGUUCAUCGAGCAGCACAGGAACCAACACGUUCCAAAUCAUUUCCAAGCGGUGGCAAAAGUUCUUCAGGAACAUUGGAUGAAUCCGGUUCCCUGCUGGGGAAGAUUUGCACUAAAGUAAUUUGACACCCGUCGCAGCCAGUGUUAUAAUCUGCACAGAAGAAAGUUAUCCGAAGCAAUAAAAACCUCGAUCAAAGGAAGAGUAACAAAACUGA